UGCAGCUAACGGUAACACAAACGUCCAGCCGCCUGUGGUUUCACGCAGCAGGUUCACGGAACAUGAAGCUCCGGCUGGGUGGAUGAGCCUUUUUUUAAAAACAUGAGUGGGGAUGUGUGCGGAGUUUCAGACGACAUGGAUUACCAGAUUUUACAGGCUGUGUGCGAUGAGGAUACCUUGUCUUCUUCCUCCGUGGGGAUGUCAGAUUUGUCUGAUGAAAUCCUGCUAUGCAUCCUGCGCCAUAUUCCAGUGUGUGACCUGCUGCUGAAUGUGGCAAAUGUCUGCCAGAAGCUUAACACGCUGUGCCAUGACAAGACCCUGCUCACAAAUGUCAGCCUGUCUGAGGAUUAUUGGGCUGAUGACUCAUUGGUUCGACGCAUACUAAAGCAGCUGGCCAAUCAUGUGCAGUCUCUGAGCCUGAAUGGCUGCUACUGGCUAUCUGGCUCCACCAUGGAGCACAUCGCACGCUGCAGAGGAGUGACGCACCUAGAUGUUACCGGUUGUCGCAUCACUUCACUUCGCCUGUCCCGUCUCCUCUCCUCCCUCGCUUCCCUCAAAUCCCUCGCUUUUGACGUGACACCAGGCUUCAACUCUGCUCAGCUCAGCUCAGAGGCGGUGGAUGCACUGAGCCGCCUGUCGGAGCUUAGGCAGAUGCUGUUGACACCAAGCUACGGUGUAGUGCCAUGCUGUGCCCAACUCCGCAAGCUGAUGUUGCAGUUUGACAUCCCAGAUGUGACCAAAGAGGGUGUCGGCGUUUGCUGUCAGUUAAUGGUCGGUCAGAGCAGCGUGCCACAUUACAAACAGCUUGAGGAGUUCACUGCCAGGCUGGCUCCAGGAGAGGUAAACCAGACCCUGCUCCUCCUAUACCUGGCAGUGUUCAGCGUUAACGUUCCGAAGCAUCUCAGAGUUUUCCUUGUGUCCAUCCCCGGCCCAAACCCGGCUCCCUGGCCUGCUGCUCCCUCGGUGGCUCAGAGCUUGGGUGAGCGGGGCGACCUGGUUGCCCUGCAGCUCCCUCGGUCAUGGCUGGACUCUGCAUCGCUAAAGCAAGCUCUGGAAGGAAACAGCCCCAAACACCUUAGCUUCAGCCGAUGCCCGGCAUUGUGGCCACAGGUGUUCCAGUCGCUGUUGAACGGGGGUGUAAGAGACGCCACGCAGCUGGUUAGUCUGAAUCUGAGCGGGAUCAACCACGUUCCUUAUUCGGAGUGCAGGAUUGUGGAAGAUCAGCUGGCUGCUGGGACAAUGAGCCAGCUGGCAGACAGCUGUUCCAACAUUAAAUACCUAAACUUGAUGCACACACAUUAUCAUCAUGAAAACUCACCUGGGCUGGAAGGGGAAACCCACCUGUGUGCCAGCUUGGCCAAAUUCAGACACCUGCUCUCCCUCACGCUCCCUGCCUGCGCCCUGUCAGAUGGUUUAAAUACAAAUCACACGCAAAUGCAGAACACUCAUCUUUCUCCGCUUUUCCAGGGAUUGAAGAAGGUUCCUCGUGUGGGCCUCCAGAAUUACAAGGCUGCCUCAGAGUCCUCUGUGUCAGGGGACAGCACAUCGGGGCUCGCUUUGCUGUUAGCUGGCUGCCUUUUUUUAGAGACCUUUGAGCUUAUCGGUCCAGGCUUUGCUUCCACACUGCCUCGGCUUGAGCCGUGCACUCGUGCAAGCGUGGAGCCUCGUGGCAUGUGCGCUUGGGCACGAGGAAUUGGAGACGCACAUUUGGCGGUGCUUGAGGCUUUGCCUCAAUUGCGUCGCCUGACUCUGGCUGGUCUUCCUGGAGUUCUUAGGGGAACGGGACUAGUACAGCUGGCAAAGCAGUGCAGAGACCUGCGAGUAUUAUCCCUCGCCAAUCUGGGUUCCCUGAAAACCAUGAACUACACCGCUGCCUUGCUGGACACACUUAAACAGUGCACGCAGCUACAGGAGCUCAGGUUGGAGCAGCCCUACCUGAAUGCGAACGCGUCGUUCUUCGAGGCUUUGUCCUGCUGCUCCCGACUGCAGCGCGUCUGCCUUAUCUCACGCUGUGGCACUUUUGACCCAUCAGCUACAGAAACUUUCAUGGAGCGGUGCUGCCAUGUCGUCAUGUGCCACAUGUUCAUGGGCGGCACCUUAGUGAUGUGUCGCACGCUGCAGAAAGCUCUGCUGGACAGGUUCUCAGCAGAGCGCCCGGCACUCAGUGUGGUCAUCUAUCCGUUACAACACGAAGACCUACCCUCGGUCAUCAGAGAGAUCCCAUUAACACUGCUGGACCGGAUCACUUUGUUUCAGAGCCACGUGGCUCAACCACCACAUUUAUCACCAUUGUGACCUCAUCAGGAUGCUUUAGUGUGAUUGGUGCUCAGCAAUUGAGAGCCAUCAGCAGGAGCUCUACUCAGACCUUUAUUACAGCCACUUAAAGAUGGAACUUCUUGUGUGAUAUUGGGCUCACCUACAGCAGUGAUGACCGCAGAGAAUAUCAUGCCAUCACCCUGACAAGCUGUGUGGCUGCAUGAAUAUGAAUCAUGUCCUUCACCGUCAGUCUGAGUCAAACAAAGCACACAGAAAGUGAGUGAGUAGCCAUGGAUACCCAUCAGUCUGUGUGACUUGGUCAGGAACUAUGACACACUAAAAUUUACUGUAGGUAGGCUAGAUGAGCAGGAAAAGACCGGUCGCCACCUCUCCUUGGUUACAUUUUCAGGUUUUUUCUUUUCAUUGUUGAAAAAUACUUGCUCGUGGAGGGUUGUGUGAUUGUUGGGGUUUUCUCUGUAUUAUUGUAGGGUCCAUGGGACAAUGAUAUACAGCACCUUUAGGGGACUGUUGUUCUAAUUUGGCAAAAUAGAAAUAAAACUGAAUUCAACUGAAAAAUUGAAGAUCUGUCCACAUUCACACAUCUGUAAACUCCAACAGCUGCAAAAUCUUUCCAAACUUCUUGGUGUCUGUGAUUUCAGUCGCAGUCUCAAAAACACUCCGAACACUGCUGAAGCUGUCUCUCCUACACUGGGGUUGUAGAUUUCUGAUUUUUCUGAUCAGCCACAGCAGCGAGUUCCAUGCUGGCCUUUUAAUAAUAAAGACUUGAAGAAGAGAGAGACAUUUUAUUUUCUUCAAAGGCAGCUUCAGGGUGCCAUAAAGGCAGAUUAUUUUCACCAAGAGUAUUUGACUUUUGUUGGUUUUGGGUAAUUUGCAUGAUUAAAAAUUAAGAUCCAAAUGUAUGUAUCUACAGGGAUUGUAACAGGAAACAGGUGCACUGCUCUCCACAUCACAAUUCAGUGCUUUGUCUCAAAAUAACAGCAAAAUGCAGAACUUAGAAAACCCCCCAAAAUACUUAGUUCCUUAAUUUCA